GUUGCAACACUAACGCACGUUUCCUGCAAGGACCAAAGAAUAAGAAAAACAAAACAUGUCCAUGGACAACAUUGACACUUUUCGCGCUGUACUUUCAAACGUGUGUGUGUAAAGGAUUCACUUCACAAUGGAGAAAAAGAAGUUUAACAUAAAUUUAGAUGACUCAACUUUCACCAAAGAAAGAUCGCCGGUCCGUCCACUGUUCAAAGCCUCGACUGCAGGCGGUCAGAAAGACCCGGAAGGAUCCCUAGCUCCACAGCCGACCGGUCAGCCACUCUCCUACGCUGAGUUCAUAAUCCAAAGCAAAGGUCGCCCACCGCCGCAGGGAGGGGGGGCUGCGGUGGGGGAUCUGAGGCAGGACUCUCAGGUGAGGGACUCUCAGGUGAAGGACUCUCAGGUGAAGGACUCUCAGGUGAAGGACUGUCCGGGUAGCGGCCCAUCGACCGAGAGCAAGGAGCUAAUCCUACCCCCGUCCACCUCCGAGGGGGUGUCGGGGAAUACCCAGAAGCAGGCAGACGGGAGCGGAGGGGUGGGGUCCGCAGUUGCCUUGGCAGCGGGCGAUGACGAGACGCCAAGGCAGGAGGAAGGUCAGAGGUCAGAGGGCGCUCCGAGUGUCGCUCCAUACCAGCUGGGUUCAGGAAGCAGCAUCAUCGUCAGUCCGAGACAGAGAGGAAACCCUAUCUUGAAGUUUGUGAGGAGUGUACCCUGGGAGUUUGGAGAUAUAGUGCCUGAUUAUGUCCUGGGGCGGACCACCUGUGCUCUCUUUCUCAGUGUCCGGUACCAUAAUCUGAACCCUAACUACAUCCAUGAGCGUCUGAAGCUGCUGGGAAACUGCUUCUCUCUCAGGCUGCUGCUGGUGCUGGUGGACGUGAAAGACCCCCAUCAUGUUCUGAGGGAACUGGCUCGGAUUAGCAUCAUGGUCGACUGCACUCUCAUACUGGCCUGGAGCCCAGACGAGGCAGGUCGUUACCUGGAGACGUAUAAGUCCUAUGAGAAGAAGCCUGCAGACGUGCUGAAGGAGCAGGUGGAGAAGGAUUACCUGUCCAAGGUGACGGACUGCCUGACCACAGUGAAGUCUGUGAAUAAGACGGAUGCCGUUACCCUGCUGUCCACCUUCUCAUCGAUAGAAGGAAUCAUAAAGGCGUCUAAAGAAGAGCUGGUCCUGUGCCCUGGCCUGGGUCCUCAGAAGGCGAAGCGGCUCUAUGAUGUUCUCCAUCAACCCUUCCUCAAGUCCGGCAAGAAGGACAGCUGACCCACCAGUUCAUCUACUGCACCCAUGGAACUCUCCCAUGGAACUCUACUGUCCUCCUUAAAGAACCCACAUGGUUCUCCAUUCCAAUGUCCUCCAUAAAGAACUGUCGAGAACUCUGUGUCAAGAACUCCACUCUCAUCUCUCUCCCCGUCCCUCUCUCUCUCUCUCUCUCUCUCCCCAUCCCUCCCUCUCUCUCUCUACCUAAAGAACACAGUUCUUCCCCAGACUUGUAUUUAUUCUAAUAAACGUUGUGUUUUUGUACAAA